GUUAUUAUUUACUGACAUUUCGAUUCUCGAUUUACGAAAACAAACAUUAAUUUUAGCAUCAAAAAUAAGGAAAUUUCAAUAAAAAUGAUAGCCAGACCAUGGACAGACGACUUACAAAAAUGCCCACACACUUGUGUGGGCCAGUACAUAUCAAGAAUCGGCGUGAAUUCUGAAAAUGAUGACUAUUUGUGCUUCUACGGUCAACUGGAAGAUUCUAGCCCUUGCUUGUACGGUGUGUUUGAGCCACACAAUGGGGUGGAAGCGGCUCGGUUCAUCAUGCAGAGGAUGGCCGUGGAGAUACUGUUCGGACAAAUCACUGCAGAGAGCAGCGAUGAAGAGAUACGAGACAUUUUAAGGAAUGCGUUUGUGGCUGUGGAGAAGGCGUACAUAGAGAACUAUGACGGUAUGAUAGCGGAGAGGACCAGCCUGCAAUACUCACUGCAAACACUGUCUGAGAGUCAGGGUCCUAAAUCCCGAGACAGCAUCCUCGCCCGCCUCAAGGAGAUAGACCAGCAGCUAUCAGCCGGGGCGACGGCGGUGGUGGCGCUCGUGCACAACUCCAAACUGUUCGUGGCCAACGUAGGCGAGGCCAGGGCUCUGCUUUGCAGGACAGAUGAAAACUCGGUGCUAAGAGUGGUGCAGUUAUCUGUGGACCACAGCCUGAAGAAUGAAGACGAACUGCUGAGGUUAAGGCAACUGGGGCUUGAUAUCAAGAAACUAAGGAAUGCGCAAUACCUGGGCAACCAGAGCGGCACCCGUUGUCUCGGCAACUACUUAGUGAAGGGCCUGUACGGAGCGUUCCCGACCCUGCGCGGCGCCGCCGCCGAGCCCGUGCGCGCCGCCGCCGAGCUCGCGCCGCCCGUGCCGCUGAGUAGCCAGGACAGAUUCCUAGUCUUGGUGAGCUCGGGAGUCUACAAGCGCAUUCAAGAAGUGAAAGGAAACAGCGAACAAACAAACAAACAUCUCGCCCAAAUCAUAGUAGAGAACUUCAGAAAACAGACCGAUUUCAAGAAACUAUCCCAAUCUGUUCUGACAGAGAUUGAAGACGAAUUCAACACUUACUGUAUGAACAAUAAUCUAACACCUAAACCUACACACAUGGGUUUGCUUAUAAGGAACUUUAACUUCCCUCUACCAAAUCAGAAAGAAACCUUGACUCAAAGCGAAAAGAACCAAGUUACCAAACAAAAUGCGGUACGAUUUAACCCAAUAGUUCAGUCCAAAUCGACUACGUUGUUGAAUGAAUCCGAUUCACUCGAUGACGAGGUCUGCACUGAAUCGAGUCAGGAAAAAUCGGAAAUUGAUAACGGGAAUCGAAGGACGGAUCCGAAUAGACGAAUUAAGGGUUAUGUCGACUUUUCGUGUUACUAUGAAAACGUUGAGAAGGCUAGAAAGAAUGGGACGUUACCUAGUUUUAUUAAAUAAA